AUGGCCUCCCAGACCAAGCCACAUCUCCUCGCGCACCCCGUGUCGUCCUACGUCCAGAAAGUGAAGAUCGCCUUGCGUGAGAAGGGCAUCGAGUUCACAACUGAAGUACCAUCAGACAUAUCAAGCACUAAUGAUGGACCCCUGCAUGAAUCAAAUCUGCGAGUCGAGGUUCCAGUGCUACUUCACGGAGAUACCACGAUUUUUGACUCGACGAUCAUCUUGGAGUAUCUCGAGGAUGUCUGGCCGGAACCUGCCCUUCUGCCCAAGGGGCCGGCCGAGCGUGCCAAAGCUCGAAUGAUUGAGGACGUGUGUGACACCAGCUACGAAGCGGUCAAUUGGGGACUGGGUGAAAUCCGCACCUUCGGCCGUGCAGACGACAGUCCAGAUCUGAAGGCUCAGCUCGAGGCCAAAGCUGAGCAGCAGACAUCGGCAAUCCAAGCCUGGCUAGAACAGCAGUUAGUCGGCCCCUGGUUCAACGGCGAGCACUUCGGCUGGGCCGACAUCUGCGCUGCGCCAAUGGUGAAUCGAAGCUUUACAUACGGCCUCGCACCGAAGGAGGGCUCAAAGCUCAAAGGAUGGCACGAGCGACUCAGUGCUCGGCAGGCCGUGAAGUCGACAUUCGACGAGUACGAGAACGGACUGAAAGCGUUUCGGGAUCCUCGAGCCAAGGAAGCUUACCUCAGUGGAAUGAGGAAGCGUGAGUACAGGGAUCAUAGACUGGAGUGGAUGGUCAAGAGUGGUGCGGUCUCGAUCGUGGAGAAGGGCAUCAAGAACAACAACAUUAGGUUCACGUGGCCAUAA